UUGAGUUUGACUUCCAAACAUAUCUUUUAAGCGAUUCCGGUACUCUCUGUCUCUUUGAAGAUCGAUUUUUCAUCAACUGAAUCACGAAGCCCAUAAAGAAGAUGCCUCCGAUCCGCACAUCUCGCAAUCGCAAGCCACCCCCAGCGGGCUUCGACGAUAUUGAAGACACUUUGUUAGAGUUCAGCAAUAAAAUGAAAGAUGCCGAGAAUGCGCCGCAUGAGGGAAAGAAGAAGCACGAGGUCCUGUGGCCUAUCUUCCAGAUCACUCACCAACGCUCAAGAUACAUUUACGAUCUUUACUACCAGAAAGAGGCUAUAUCGAAACAGCUAUAUGAAUGGCUCUUGAAGAACGGGUAUGCGGAUGCGAACUUGAUCGCGAAGUGGAAGAAGCAAGGGUACGAGAAGCUUUGUUGUCUCCGCUGCAUCCAAACCAAGGAAACCAACUUUAACGCCACUUGUAUUUGCCGGGUACCGAAGGCUCAACUAAAGGAGGAUCAGAUCAUCCAGUGUGUCAGCUGCGGAUGCCGUGGUUGCGCGAGCAGUGACUAA